AUGCAAGUUGGGGAAAGUUCAUCCAGGGCUAGUGUUGGGGUUGACGAAGCCAAAUUGGGGCAAGAUAUGGAAAAGAAUAGGGACGACGAGCAAUUACAGGCUCAAGCAGCGAAGUUGACUGAGAUUCUAGGUCUCAAUCCAUCACGGAAACUUGAUUGGUCGAGAUUUGACGAGAAGGAGAAGACGGUAUGCUGGGACUCUGAUUUAGUGAAAAAGCUCAAAAAGGGUGGUGUGCCACUGGACUACAUUGAACCAAAAGAGAAAGAUGGAGUUCAAAUUGUUAUGGUAAUGGAUACUUAUUAUCAUCGCAUUUGGAAACACUUGAAUGUUAAUAAAGUUAUACUUCUUCCAACUGGGCUCUUUGUUAUUCGAUUCAAAACUUUGGAGGAAAGGGAUGAAGCCUUGUUAGAACCUGUUAACUAUCUUGGUGCUAAUCAUGUUAUUCUGAAACUUUGGAAAGUAGAAAGAGAAGAUGAUUGUAGAAGGAAGCUGAAAACACCAGAACCUGUGAAACCUAAAAAGGAUGAUCAACCUAAAGGGAAAGAAGUUUCUGAGUGGCGGGUAGUUACAAAGAAGGGAAUAACUAGUGAUAAGCUGACUGGUGAUCAUGUGGAAAGGCAACAACAGGAUGGUAAAACGAAUAAGCAACAAGUACCAGCAACAAUAAGAGGUGUUAGUAUAAAGGGUGGCAAUAGCUUCACAGUCCUUGAUGUGGGAGGAGAUGAGGAGCUUGGAGAGGAAGUUGAAUCAGCACCUAUAAUGACCAAGGAUGCAGGGGAAUUGCAGGAACAUGGACAUGCUAGGAGUGAUAAUCCCCUGGACCCGAGCAUAAAUCCAUGA